AUGCAGCGGAAACGUACGAAGAAUGGAGGCGAUAUUUCGUCUGACCUCGAAGCACUUCGCAUGGAAGAUCUUGAUUCUUCCAUUCAACCCACUCCAAUUCAGCAAAUUGAUGCGAGCUUUGCGAGCAAGUUGAAAAACCCAGUCAAUCGCUACAGCAAGACCAUGACGGAGGACUUUGAAUUCACUAAUGAGGAUUGCUCCUACACUCAAGGCAAACAUGGCCAAAAUGUCUCGUUCUCUGAGAAGGUACACAAUAAACUUGACUUUGAUUGGCGGUGUGCUGUUGUUGUUAAGCUCAUGGGUAAACCAAACUCUACGAAUACUUUCGAUUUCAUGUUGAAAGGGUUAAGAAGGAAAUGGCAAGUCAAAGGGGGUUGGCACCUCAUUGAUCUUCCUAAUGACUUUUUCAUUGUCAAAUUCAAUUUGGAAGAAGAUAUGAAUAGUGUGUUGUGUGGUGGACCUUGGAUUUUGGCUAGUCAAACCUUGAUUGUUAGAAAGUGGAGACCUGAUUUUGAUCCUUUGAAUGAGUUUAUUGGGAAAAUGGCUUUAUGGGUCCGAAUCUGUGGCUUGCCUGUCAAAUUCUUUAAGGAUUAUACUGUGGCUAAAAUUGGCAGAAUUCUAGGAGAUGUUGUUAAGGUUGAUCAAGUUACUAUUGGCCAAGCUAGAGGUAAAUUUGCCAGAGUCUGUAUUGAAGUUGAUCUUAGCAAACCCCUGCGUCCUUUUGUUGAGGUGGAAUCUGUUGCCUACCAUGUUGUUUAUGAAGGAAUCUCUAUGAUCUGUUUUGAAUGUGGUUGUUUUGGUCAUGCUAAGGACAAGUGCCCAACUCUGCACACUGAACCAAGUGUUAACUCUCAAGAUCAGGAUGCCGGUAGUAACACCAAUGAACAGGCAAUGGUGCCUAAAGCAACUUCUGAUUCUCAACAGGACAUGGACACUUCCCAAGCUCAUUCUAUUCUCAAGGAGGACAUGGGGCCAUGGGGCCAUGGAUGCUAA